UUCCACUGACACCAGGCAUCAUUUUUGCCCUGGACUCCAAUGUCCAGUUCCUAGGACUGGUCUCUUCAAUCUCAUUGUUGGAUUCUGGAUUUUCCCCUUUUUCUUCAUAGAUUUCCUAGACAUUCUGAGAGUACUUCCUGCACUGAGUAUAAAGGGUGAACACAGGUGGCAGGAUGUCUUUGCCCUUCUACCAAAAGCGCCAUCAGCAUUAUGACCGUGGUUAUCGCAGCACAGAAGUGCAGUCUACCUUAAGCCAGUACCAGCGUGAAGAGAAGCGCCACUCCGCCGCACACCUUGGAAUAUCAUCUCAUAAAGCAAUAGAGGAUACAUCAUAUAAGAUGAGUCCUAGGGCAAAACGAUCAAAGAUUUUAGCCACUGUUGCAGAUAAAGAAAAUGAAGAUCUCGGCUACGUGGUUCCUAUCUUCAGAGGACGUCAUGAAUAUGUCAGUGGGAUCACUGAUACAGAGGAAGAAAGAAUCAGGAUGUCAGCAGGAUAUAUUGCUCGACGGAAUCUACUUUCAAGUGGAGAAGGCAUUAGUGUGUCCAGAAGCGCCUCUUCAUCAGCAGCACAUUCUGAGGCAUAUCAGAAGAAAUCCAGGAGUGUCGCUAUACGUGAAAUGGCAGAACGUCUAGCUCUUAAUAAAAAGAUAGAAGAAACUGCAGAAUUUCACAAAAAGAUAAACGAGGACACACUGUUACAUGCUCCUGUCUUUAUCAUCAAGCCUCGUUCUCACACCAUCUGGGAGACACAAAACGUGAAAUUGCACUGCACAGUGAGCGGCUGGCCAGAGCCACGGGUCACCUGGUAUAAAAAUAAUGUUCCCAUCAAUGAACAACUUCAUCCUGAGAAAUAUAAAAUUGAAAGUGGAUAUGGCCUUCACUCAUUGGAAAUUUUUAACUGUGAUUUUGAGGAUACAGCUCAGUACCAUGCAUCGGCAAUGAAUGUGAAAGGAGAAAACUCUUCAUAUGCAUCCCUCGUGGUGAAGAGGUAUAAAGGAGAAUUGGAUGUUACGCCUUUGUUUCCUCCGAGGGGUGAACCAUUCAGCUUUUCUGUUACUCCAUACGGCUUUGCUACUAAGUUUGAUAUCCAUUUCGUUGACUCAUUUGGAGUAUCUUUUGGCAAAGAAGGUGAAACAUUGAGUCUAGGUUCCACAGUCAUCGUUCAUCCAACUAUCAAACGCUUCCAGCCAGAAAUACAGUGGUACAGAAAUGGAGUUUUGGUCACGCCAUCAAAAUGGCUGAGCACACACUGGAGUGGAGGACAUGCCAGCCUGACACUGAGGCAUCUCAAUAAGGAAGAUGAAGGGUUGUACACUCUGCGAGUUGUCAUGGGAGAGUAUUAUGACCAAUACAGUGCCUAUGUAUUUGUCCGAGAUGGUGAACCAGAGGUUGAUGGAGCUCCAACUGCUCCUCUGGAUGUGAACUGUCUUGAUGCUAAUAAAGACUAUGUAGUAGUUUCCUGGAAACAGCCAGCCGUUGAUGGUGGGAGUUCAAUUCUGGGAUACUUUAUUGACAGGUGUGAGGUUGGCACAAGUCACUGGACUCAGUGUAACGACACUCCUGUGAAGUUUGCCCGAUUCCCUGUGACUGGUUUGAUUGAAGGAAGAUCAUAUAUAUUCCGCGUAAGAGCCGUAAAUAAAACUGGAAUCAGCAGACCUUCCCGUGUCUCAGAGCCAGUGGCAGCUCUAGAUCCAGCAGACAGAGCCAGAAUCAGAAGUCGUCCUUCUGCUCCAUGGACUGGACAAAUCAUUGUAACUGAAGAGGAACCCACAGAGGGAAUCAUUCCUGGACCACCAUCAGAUCUGACUGUGACGGAAGCCACCAAAAACUACGUGGUGCUGAGCUGGAAGCCUCCUGGACUGCGUGGUCACGAAGGUGUCAUGUACUAUGUAGAAAAGUGUGUCACUGGUACAGAGAACUGGCAGAGAGUCAACACAGAAAUACCAGUAAAGUCUCCAAGGUUUGCUCUCUUUGAUCUUGCUGAGGGAAAGUCUUAUAGUUUCAGAGUACGUUCCUGUAACUCUGCUGGAGUGGGGGAACCCUCAGAGGCAACUGAGUCUACAGUAGUGGGUGACAUCCUUGACAUCCCCAACCCACCAAGUCAUCUUGUGCCUACAAGGAACACAGAUACCUCUGUGGUUCUUACAUGGGCAGAGUCCAAGGAUGCUAGAGAGUUGGUGGGAUACUACAUUGAGGCCAGCAUUUCAGGAUCUGGCCAGUGGGAACCAUGCAACAACAACCCAGUGAAAGGCACAAGAUUUAUUUGCCAUGGUCUUCUCACCGAUGAAAACUACAUCUUCCGAGUCCGAGCUGUGAAUGCUGCUGGUCUUAGUGACUACUCUUCUGAUUCUGAGUCAAUAAAAGUGAAAGCUGCCAUUGGGGGAGGAUUGCCACACGCGACUCCCUCUGCUCCUUAUGACAUCACUGUUCUCGAGAGCGUUCGUGACUCCAUGGUGAUCAGCUGGAAGCAGCCGAAAGUCUCUGGAGGUGUGGACAUUCAAGGCUACUACAUCAACUAUCGGGAAGUUGUGAAUGGUGUUCCAGGAAAGUGGAAGGAGGGCAAUGUCAAAUCCAUAAGUGACAGGGCCUACAGGGUUCUGAAUUUGAAAGAAAACACAUUAUAUCAGUAUCAAGUAGCUGCCUGCAACAUAGCAGGGGUAGGGACACCAUCCCAACCAAGUAAAGAGUUCAAAUGUGAAGAAUGGACCAUUGCUGUGCCAGGACCACCACAUGAGCUCAACAUCACUGAAGUCAGGGGUAACUCUAUGGUUCUGUUGUGGAAGACUCCAGUUUAUACUGGUCGUAGUCCAGUAACUGGCUUUUAUGUGGAUAUUAAAGAAGCAGAUGCUCAAGAGGAAACCUGGAGAGGCGUGAACGAGAAGCCAACUUCAAACACAUACAUUAAGAUCGAAAAUCUGACUGACGGUGUAAAGUAUAUACUGAGGGUACGAGCUGUGAACCAGGCUGGUGUGGGAAAAUCAUCUGAUACCACAGAUCCAAUCCUCGCACAAACCAAACCAGGUACCAAGGAAGUAUUUGUCGGGGUGGAUGAUAAUGGCAUCAUUUCAUUAAACUUCGAGUGUGAUCAACUUACUCCAGACUCGAAAUUUGUGUGGUCCAAGAAUUAUGAAGCAACAGGUGAAGAUUCAUCUAGAGUAGAUAUCGAGACCAAAGGUGGCAGGACAAAGAUUUCAUUCAAAGACCCUUCAGAAGAAGACAUUGGCAUUUAUUCCUGUGUUGUUACUGAGACAGAUGGCAUUUCAUCCAGCUAUACAAUAGAUGAAGCAGAGCUCAAGCGACUACUGCAGCUCAGCUAUGACAGCAAAUACCCAGUUGUUCCACUUAAAUCUGGCUUGGCUGUAGAGAUCUUAGAAAAGGGACAAGUUCGCUUUUGGAUGCAAGCCGAGAAACUCUCUGGUAGUGCUAAGGUCAACUAUGUGUUCAAUAAUAAGGAGAUUCAACAUGGUGAGAAAUAUAAGAUGAACUUGGACAGUAAGACUGGCAUUAUAGAGAUGAUUAUGGAGAAGCUUGAGGAUGAGGAUGAAGGGACCUUUACCUUCCAGCUGCAAGAUGGAAAGGCAACAAACCAGUCUAGCUUGGUCCUUAUUGGUGAUGUGUUUGAUAAAUUGCAGAAGGAAGCCAGAUUCCAGAGACAUGAAUGGAUCCGGAAACAAGGUCCUCAUUUUGUGGAGUAUCUUGGAUGGGAAGUUACUCCUGAAUGCAAUGUACUGUUGAAGAGUAAGGUUGCUAAUAUGAAGAAUGAUACAAGUAUUACAUGGUAUAAGGAUGAGAUGGAGAUCAUGAUUGAUGAGAAACAUGACUUUAAGGAUGGUGUCUGCACAUUACUCAUUACUGAGGUAACUAGGAAGGACGCUGGCAUAUAUGAAUUAAUCCUGAAAGAUGACCGAGGGAAAGACAAGAGUGUCCUUAAGCUGGUGGAUUCCGCAUUUGAUGAUCUCAUGACCGCUGUCUGCAAAAUGAUUGCUGGGACAGCUACACAAGUCAAGAUCCAGAGCAACGAAGAAGGCAUAAGACUGUACUCAUUUGUAAACUAUUAUGUGGAGGAUCUGAAAGUGAGCUGGGGACACAAUGAAAGUAAGAUAAAGUACACGGACAGAGUGAAGAGCGGAGUCACUGGAGAGAUGAUAUGGCUCCAGAUUAAUGAGCCCACACCAAACGACAAGGGCAAAUAUGUGCUGGAAAUGUUUGAUGGAAAAGAGUCUCACACAAAGGAAUUAGAUCUCUCCGGACAAGCUUACGACGAGGCCUUUGCUGAGUUCCAGAGACUGAAGCAAGCUGCAAUAGCAGAAAGGAAUCGCGCCCGAGUAAUAGGAGGUUUGCCAGAUGUUGUUACCAUACAAGAAGGAAAGGCACUUAACCUGACAUGUAACAUCUGGGGUGAUCCAGUUCCGGAGGUCACCUGGGUGAAGAAUGAGCGGGAACUGAGUGGAGAUGACCACUGCAUCCUCAAGUUUGAGUCCGGGAAAUACGCCAGCUUUGUCAUUACCAGCGUCUCUACGUCUGACUCGGGCAAAUACUGCAUACGAGCAAAGAACAAAUAUGGCACUGAAACGAAUGAUUUUACUCUAAUAGUGACGCAUAUGAUGGGUGAGCUUGGAAUGGCUAUGUAUGUUGCCGAUGCUGCAGGUCAUGUCAUGGAAACAGUGACCCCAGGAAAGAAGAAAGAAGUACCUCCAUCAAAAUUCCAAUCCAAGGGAGGAAAACAAAAAGAAAUGGUAAAACCCCACGUGGAGGAGAUUGUUGCAACAGAAGAGACACCAAAUCCUGAUGAAAUUCCUGUAGUGGGAGAACGAGAGGGUGAUACAGAACCAAGUCAGGAGCAGCAAAAGCAGGAAAAAAGUGAUAGCGUGUAAUGUGUGCAUUACCAUGAGAAUACAAGCAUUUGGUAAAAUAUGUCUGACAGGUACUCUGUAAGUGUUUGUGUCCACCUACCAUAAUACUAUAUGUACUAUUUACUGUAAACUGAAAUACUCUCAAAGAAGUAAUAAUUGUGAGAGAUAUCAGAAUGGACACAUUGGGGAAAUGUAUUUUUCUUGCACGCCUUGUCGCACCUUUUUGUGCAAGUGUAGUUUUGUGCCAACAAUUUCAACUUUUUGCUCUUUUCGGCCACCCUCACCAUUUUAACAAGUACCACCCGAAGUUGAACACAUUUACCAACAUGUGCACAACAAGACUGACACCCAUUAAACCUGAAAUCUAUGCCAGCUCCUUUGCUCCACUUUCUGGGACAUGGAGUCACCAGAAUUAUUACCUUUUAAUAUUUCUGGAGCAUCAUAUGAUAGAAGGGUUUAUUAUUAAGGCUGGCUUAAAAAGCCACUGUACUGUCAUACAAUUGGUGUAACUAGUAAAUUUCCUAAUCAUUUCAUUUAAAAAAUAUCCCUGCCUCUACCUGAAAAUAGCUGUAUAGUCAUGGCCACUAGGGGGUCUCAUCUACACCCAAGUAACAGUCCACUGCCUGGUGUCAGGCAAGAUCCGUCCCUUGUAACAGGGACUCAGAAGGUGGCUGAGAGGAAAUGGGGGGGGGGGGGGGGUCGGAGCUAGAGCUGAGAUCCUGAGCCUGAUAAAACUGCUUCUACACAGCUUCUGAACAUCACAGGAGCCUCCUGUCUUUCUGCAAGUGUGAUUUACCUCUCCUUAUUUCUUCUGUGAGCUCCUGAGCUGCAAAAAUUAUAUUGGAAAGGAUGUCACAGCAGAACAGUGCUGGCAGAAGGACAACACCCCCUGCUUCUGAGUGAAAUGCAUCUAGCUGUGCAGCUGAAAAAGGGGAAUAAUAUGGCUAAAAAAACAUUAGGGAAGCCCAAACAUAACUGUGCCUAACAGUUAUGAUUCUACAAAGAAGCAAAGCCAUUAUGCAAACUUUUUGUGAAAACUCAGGUAUGCUUUAAUAAAAACAAGUCUUAUACAUACAUACCCCUUUGUGUCUGGAUUUUCUUUCAACAGGAAAAUGUUAUAUAAAAGUGAGACAGCUUUUCAUUUCUCACUCCUGAGCUGUGUGAUAAGCCUCAUUCUAUGUUUGUCCUUUUUUUAGUUCUCUCUGAACAUUAACUAGAAUUCUUACAGAAAUACUGUAGCUAAUGCUAGCAGGGAUGGAUUAUCACCAUAAGAAAUAAAUGACAUACACUUUAAGAUCAGAGGAAUGGCACAGAGUUCUAAGAAAAGAUGAUCCAGAAUUAUUAUUUAAUGCAAGUAUGUCAGGAGGGAUGACAAAUUCUGCUUAAGCAACACGUUCUAAAAAUUAAUUUUAGUUUAGUAGGCUAUUACUAUACUGCGAAAGGGCUGAUGACACCAAAUUUUUGUAGAGCCAUGACUGAAAAAUUAAAAACCUUCAGUCAUAAAAUAAACACAUCAAACCCUAUAGAAAAUAAUCUUUAAACACACAGCGCCACUUUUGUUGAUAGAUGUGUUUGGUAUUACAGCUCAUCCCCUUUCAAAAGAAUAGGGCUGAGCUGUAAUAUCAGUGACAGCCAGUAGCUGUUUCUGCAAACAAUAUCGGACAUACUGUAGUCUGUAAGGCUAAAAAACUGAUAUACGCCCAUUCAGAUCAGCCUAUUAUCCUGCAAAGUUGAUGCAGAGAAAGGCAAAAAAAAACUUCAUGAGGUAAAAGACAAAUAUCUUAACUCUAGGGGAAAACAAAAUCUGAAUCAAGUGAAGAUUAUGUCCCCCUGAUUGAACAAAUUGAGAUUGUGUCCCUAUGUCUAUUAUUUAGGAAUAUUUCUUUCCUUACAAAAUGUAAAACCAGCAAUAAACUUAAAGCGCACCUGAAUUUUCAGAAAUGGUUGCAUAAUGGAUGUGAAGGAACUGGUGGUUUUGGGCUUUCCUAAAGUCUCUUUCAGCCAUUUUAUUCCCUGUUUCAGCUGCACAGCUAGAUGCAUUUCACUCAGAAUCAGGGGUGUCUCCCUUCUGCCAGUACUGUAUGCAGUGACCUUGCUUCCCUUACUUCCCACCAUGUUUGUUUUCUUCUAGUUCAGAAAGCUGAUAAAGCAGUAUAAAUCACACUUACAGAAAGGCAGGAGGCUCCUGUGAUGUCCAGAAGCAGUGUAGAAGCAGUUGUUUUAACAGGCUCAAGAUCUCUGCUAGCUCUGACACUAUCCCACUUCCUCUCAGCCAUAUUCUGAGUCUGUGUUACUAGGGGCCGAUCUUGCCUGACAACAGGCAGUGGACUGCAAGUUAAGUGAGACCCCCUAGUGGCCAUGACUUUACAGCUUUUUUCAGGUAAAGAUUGCUAGUUACACAAUUCUCUAUAAAAUAAAUUGUGUGAAAGUACAUUGCCUCUUUAAUGUACAUCAAUCAUUAAUAAUUGUUAUCACAAAAAAUAUUUUAGUAGGGGAUAUAUACUUCAUUUGUGUCAAGUGAAAUUUAUGUCAUGCGGGGCAUGAUCUGCACUUGAUCCCAAAUUCCUUCUCAACUCCAAAUACAGCAAUCAGAAUAACUCUCUGGAUCAAUGACCCUGCUCCAGUAAUCUAGUAAGUAUAACCUGUAAUAUUAUUACACUCCAGAAAUACAUCCAGGCCCCUCAUGGACUCUUUUAGUGAGUUCACCAUCACCACCUCUUCUGGUGGAGAGUUCCAUAGUCCCAUUGCUCUUAUGACAGUCUGAUGGCUUUGCAUGCAAGUUGAGUCAGUUUUGCCUAUGAGCGCAUUCAGUGUUUCAGUUUUUUCAUCAGGAUUGUAUCUUUCAUGCAUGUGAAGAAAAACUGAGGAAUAACACACAACAUCUCCUAGCAGCCAUCAGUGAAAAACAGACUGCAUCCGGAUGCCAUGGGUGUGCUGUCUGUUUUUUCACUGUACAAUUGACUUGAAUGCCCUGCUAUGUUUUUCUUGUACACUGAUGCCAAACAUUGUACACAAUACUUUAUGUAUGGUUUGACUAGUGAUUUUGACAGUGAUACCCUUUUUUCAAAUUCCUUUUAACACCUUUAAAAUGAAAGAAGUCACAGAAAUAUAAUUUGGUGUUUUUACGGUUUUCUUGUGAAAAAUUACUGAUUGCAUUUAUAAAAACACUGUUCAAUAAACAAGAUGUGAAAGUGGA